ACCGAACCACCGCCGUUCCACGACGUCCGUACGCAGUUCAGUCAGCGUCCGAACGCCGCCGCGGAAACAGUUAUUGCGUUUUGACGACAGUCGCGCGUCCGUCUCGUGCCGUGUCCUGUGACCCGUUGUCGGUUCGUUUUUUCUUCCCCUCUAAAAAAAUACGCUUCUCGUAUAUUUAUUUUGUAUUUUUUUUUUUUGCGUUCAAUCACCCGACCGGUGGUGAUUUUAUUAACGCAUCACACUCUACACGCUCGCCACCGAGAAUUCGUUUCGAGUGCAUGACGUGCGGCGCAAACCAUGAUAAUGACCAACGAAAACCAAUACCUGAGACCGGAUUACUUGACUCCUCUGCCGUCGGUCAGUACAAAGCGAUAUAUUAUUAUGAUUUUUUUUUUUUUUCUAUUUCUUUUGUAAAAUGCGCAAAAAGUAUGUUGAAAUUAGUUUGGCGCACUUAAUUAGAAUCAAACGGUUAUUGUCGCCGGUCCGUUUUAAAAUUCGUGAUUUUUCUAUACCUAAUAGUAUCUGUUUUUUUUUUCGUUCAGUAAAUCGAGUAGUCGUUUUAACGGAACCUAGCCAAACAUAUUUUGAAGUCUCAUAUUUAUGUAUUUAGAAUAUAUUUGUCGUUGACGGGGGAAAAGAAACGUGUGUUUGGCGAAUUAGAUUUGAAUAAUUUACGUAUAUUACAUUCUAUCCGAUGGCGGCGUGAAGUUUUUUUCUUUCGUACAUAGCAAUUUCAGUAAAAAACCUAAGCCCGAGCCAAAAAAUAAUCGGGAUCAAAUAACGAACGUGUGUUUUCGUACUUCCAAAGGAUCUAAUAGAUCUAAAACAAAAUUGUUUUUACUAAAUUAAAGACACUAACGCUGCUUUCGCGGGAAGGUCAUUUGAUAUCUUUUGUCCGGAAAGACUGUUAUUAGUACUUCAAAUUAUAUAAAAAAAAAAAAAAUAUUAUUUUUUUAACAUGAGUCAUAGAGAAUUGAAUGUAUCGAACAAAUGAGAAAGUUUAAAAUGCUGUGUGUUAAAGUGCCACACACAUGUCCGCCUAAUAACGACGCGGUCGCUUCAUAAGAAACGCGUUCACGCCGUCGCCACUGACUACCGUCUUGAAAAUCAGUAGAAUAGAACAGUCGAUAGAAAACCGCGGCGCGGGGGGGGGUGGGGCGAAAUACGGAUAUAAUAAAAAAAAAUAUGAAUUAAAAUAUGCUCGUUAAUUCGUUUAUUUCUGUAUAUUUUGUAACGGUCCCGACGUCCACCGUCUAUACCGUGACGAGAUCUAUAUUAUUGUAUACGUAGCGAUAAUAGUUUUGAAACUAUUUGAAUUCGCCUACAAUAAUAUCAUAUACGAAACCGUCAUUUUUCUCUCGUCGUGUUGUUAUUAUUAUACUAACCUAGUGCGUUAUGCUCAAACAAAUGAAAAAAACCCUCACCUCUGUCGUUUAUCAAAUGCCGGUAUUAUAAUGUCGGAAAUGAAGUGAUUGUCGUGGCUUCAAAACCGGGCAUUUGUGUGUUUGGGGUUCCGGAAACGACCGGCAUCGUUUCAAAUCGCGGCGACUCGAUAGAGAACAAAAAAUGUAUUCGCAACAAAAUCGCUGAUAAAAACUGAACGAGAUUGUCGGAAAUUUAAAAAAAAAAAAAAGACGUUAUGCCGUUUCAGAGCCGGGACUUUUAGCGGCGUUUUUUUCUCUUUAUUCUGCCGUUUCGCAGUAGUCGGCGUAAACUGUCGAGAAUUAGGCGUCCGCGUUACGACGUACAUGUUAUUUAGUCGGAAGUUUUACACGGCGCCGCCGUCGGAAGUUUUCGUAUUUUGUAGCGAAACGCGAGCGGAGGGCGAAGUCCCGCGAUUACCUAUACCCCGUUUAAGGGGUGGCGAAAAAAAAAAACACGAAAUAAAAAAAGACGCGACACUUGAUUUAUUUGCAAAAGUCUGCGAUAUUGAUUCCGAACAGACUCGUACGUACCUACCUAACCCGCACAAGAACGUACGACACACAGAGAGAGAAAGAGAGAGAGAGAGAGAGAGAGAGAGUGAAAAAAAAAUGCGUAUUUUCCCAUAUUAUGUUUACCUCUAGCGUGUCCUUUUCUCUGUGGUCCUACCCGUCUCCUUUUCUCGGGCCCGAGGACGCCCGAGACGUGCGGUUUCCGCGCGCCGGCGGCAAAUCGAUUACACGGCUCGUCUCGCGUCGCGACGCGCGCGCUCGUGUGUAUUCGAUAAUGACACACGCACGGAGUGCUUUUCCCUCCCCCCUCCCGUUUUGACCGUCCUCCCAUUUCCUCCGGCGACACGCCGCCGCCGACCCCCGUCACCGGGUCGCGCGGAAUUUUUUUCCUCCGCGGCAUUUCGGCCGGGCGACAAUUGCACGAGCCUUAACCCAAACGUCCGCCUAAACGGAAAACCCGGCGAACAGGAUCCGCCGCCGCCGCGGACGGUGCCCGAACGAGGAAAACCCCGAAAUUAUUAAUGUCCAUCGAAACGAGUCGCAGCACGGCGAUAUCCGCGCAACGUCACGCGAAUCCGUCGAUGGCGUUUGCCAAAGUCCCGUUUCAACGGCGUUGAAAUGCUGACUAAAGUGUUUAUGAACGUUUAGGAAAUGUUCAAGAACGACGUCGGCGUUGCAAUAAUAUUAAAAUGUCUUGUAAAUUAUAAACGUCCAUAAUUUUGCGUACGUAUUGUUGCAAUCCGCCCUCAAAACGUAUAACAUUUAAUCCGAACAGCGCCGCGACUUUUUGUAACUCCGAAUGCGCAGUAGGUACCCCCACCCCACAUUACGAGUGUAGUCGGUGUACAUUUCGGUUUUCGACGAAUAAAAAACUGGCCCCGGGGCACGUGCGUCGAACACUCGGUGGCACCGGUUCUUCGCCGGGUGUCGCCGGCUAUACAUUGUAAACGUUGGCAAAUACUCUGCUCCGGGGGUACUGUUAAUAACGGAUAUUGAGCCGCACCGAGACAAGACUGUGCCGCGGACAAAGCAAACGGACACGUGACGUUCGGCGGCGCCGGUGGACGGGAAGUAGUUAACGUUCGUCGGUAAACGAAAAUAUACACGGACGAAAUAGAAGUUUCGGGAAAAAAAACAUCCGUUUUCUGAACGUGUGUCAAUCGGUUCGAUUGGCCGGCCGUCGUGCGGGGUUCGUGUACGCGUAUCAUGAGUUUAUACAACUGCGGUCUGUACCGGCGAUCACGCGAUCGGUUAAUUUUUCAUCCGACCCGACGAGAAGGCCAUUUGCCGACCGCAGCCAAGUGCGCACGAUUCCACGCACAACGUAGUGGAUACGUCAUGUUAUCUCUUGCGUUUUAUCUCACUGUGUAUACAUAUAUGUAUAUAUAGUAUAUCAGGAGCCCGAAAGAAGUUGUCGAGUGGUUAGCGCAGGUUUUUCUCUCUCUCUCUCUCUCUCUCUCGCUCUCUCUCUCUCCGACACAAUAAUCGUAUUAAACGGCGACGAUGCAGUCGUCGUGUUGAACUUCCUCUCCUCUCUUCCCAUAUCGGAAUACUCUUGUUUUUCUUUUUUUUUUUUUUUUUUUUCAAAUCGAUAGGCGCUAAUAAUUCACUCGUUUUUGUACGAGCCACUCCUUCUGUCUGAUCGACUUCCCCCCUCCUUCCCAAAAAAAAAUAAAAAUAUACUCUUGUCGGAAGCGUAUCUUUUUCGUACAUCGGUAAACAGCGUUGUACCGUACACGAUAUUUUCAGUGAUUCAUUACUACGGAGACCCGGUAGUCUUCGGCUCCUGGAGGUUUCCACCGUCACGUGCACGUGUACGCGCACGUAGCUACGAGUUUAUUACAUUACAGAUAGCGCGAUUUAUCAAUAUUCGGGGGUUCGACGGGUGCAGACCGCGCACGUAAAACGCAGAAUUGAACAUCCGAUUCACGCGCGGUAACUCCGGUGUAUUUAGUCUGGUGAUACGACCGAACAUUCCGGUUGAUCGAUUGAUUACCCCGCACUGGCCACGUCGAUAUUGACCGGCCACGGGCCAGGAUUUUACGUUCACUGCGCAAACACAGUUUCAGUGUAGCUGUACAGAUACUUACGGCGAUAAUUAUUUUCGUUUCUGCACCGACAGCGAUCCGUUCGCCCGCGAGGGCCGCAGAACAUCCGAACCCGCGGGUAUGCGGUGCACAGUGUGCUCGCGCGCGCGCGCGAGCAUUCCGACCGUUUUAUAGUUCUGCUAUUUCUGCAGUAUUUUUAGACGCGCAUACCGAACGAACGUAACGAAACUAUUCCGACGUCGGCGUAGACAAUGCGAGUAUAAAAAAAGAAAAAUAAAAUAAAAAAAGACAAACAAAUCGUCGAUGACCAAAUUGACGCGAUGGCGGAACGGAACGACGUAUCUGAACUAUUCGUCACCGCAAUACGUUAUAUUCGUCUGACGAUUGUUGUUUUUUUUCCUCUCUAACGAAUUCCCGUCGUCAAAUUCCACCCCUCCCCCUCUUUCACUCCCGUUAUGGUAUUUCCAGUCGUUCGACGAGACUCUGAUCCGCGAGCACCGGAAAACUCAAUAGUUCCAAUUUUUUUUUUCUUUCUAAGGCCGAGGGCGUUUCCUUUUCUUGAAGUUUCUCGAUACUUUUUUCAGGAUCACAUUAUUAUUUGCGUGUGUUCGGAGCUCUAUCCGGAAAACGAAAAUAUAUCACAAAUAUGACAAAAAUAUUACUGUGGACAAACGAAAUAAAUAACAUUUUAACGGGUACGCUGGCGACAUUUUCGAGUUACCGUAUGAACGGUACAAUCUCGAUAAGAUUAUAACAAUAUUUCACUCGUUCAAAUGGACAAUAUCUUCGUCUUUUUCUCUGGCGUCUAUAGGCCUUCAAAAUGUAUCACAUCUCACAUCCCGUUCCUCCGACUUUCUCUAUCCGUUGCUCUUUCGUUCCGGUUCUAUGCAAAUAUAAUUUCGCAAUCUAUUUUAUCUUCCCAACUCGUUCUUAGGCCUCGUUGAACGACGUUUUACCCCACGAAUUCUGUUUUCUUUAGCUUAUCCUGAGUCUCGCGCAGCUCGUCCCGCCCGUUUUAAUCUCGUCAGAAUUUUCUUUUUGAUACUAAAAACUUUUUCUCGUUUUUUUUUUUUUCUCACGGUCGGCUUAUAUGUUUCUGAACGAAUCAAAGCAAUACAAUACAAAUAACUACUGGGAUAAUUUAAACGGCAGUGGCGUAUAUAGGAAUUAUUUCACUAUGGGCCAAUCUACCAUCACUGGCCUAGUCACAAUUAAACAUUUUGCUAAAGGUCCGGAGAGUCGUAGUUAUGUCAUUAAGACAAAUAGAAAACAAUUUACUCGUUGGUUCGGAAAAACUCCUGGCAACAGUUGCAGUUGCAACAACGAAUAUAGUACACAAAGUUGCCCAUUUAGAUCGUAGGUAAAUCUAGUCGAAAAUGCAUGAUGUAUUUUUUUUUUUUUGAAAGCUUCAACAGCGUUUGGUUUUGGAGUACUGUCCGAAAAAUCCAAACGUAAAUAUUGUUUCCAUUCACUAACACGCAUGUCGCCGCAAUCUCGGUCCGUAAUCAACGGAAUGUACGGCGGUACCUUCGGUAAAAUACGUAUAAUGCGUUUUAUCACCGAAUCUAACAUUUGAGUACGGGCUAGAUGCCUAGACGCGCUCCUCCGCCCACUGAAUACGUCCGCUGACGAACGGGCUCUACUAUUCGAAAUUAUGUGAAAAAUGUCCGCCGGGGAACUGAACGCCGGAUACGCGCCGACCGGGGUCGGGCCGUAUCUCGAGUAACGCAAGUAUCUCAACGAUACGCGUUCGAGCAUUAUAAACGCAUCGGACACGCGUUUGAAGAACCGUGUUUUUUCGUUUUAAACGGCGCCCCGCACCGUAAUAAGAGUAUCUGGAAUUUCGUUGUUUCUAACGUAGACACACGUACCGAAUAUCGGAACGCGCGCAUUCUAUCCGUGCGAUCGAGCGUCCGCGCGUUUCGAAACGUCGCCGGUGCCCCCGCGAACCUAACCGAAAACCGACCGAGGGAGGGGGGGGGCAGGGGAAAUUAAUUAAGGGUAUUCAACGAGCGUGUAACGCGUCCGGACGGCCGGAAGAGCGUACGCCGCACGUAUUAUGCGGUGCGACGGCAUUAUUAUUUAGUGACGGCAAACCGGCCGGGAACCUGUCGUCACGUCCAAUCCCAUACGCGAGAAUAUUAAUUUCUCCGGGUUUCGAAGACCGCUAAUGAAUAACAACGACGACGGCGGAGAACAAAGCGGGCGAUCGAGAAUUCCGCCGGGGUCGCGUCGAUUUCUCAGCCGCGUGUUUCCGUCGAAUUCGUUUUCGUGUCGCCGUAGGUUUUUACGUCGUCCUCUCGCCGUCCGUGCACGCCGCGGUAAUAUUUUAACAGCCCGUGUUGGUCGGUCGGCCGGUUUUUAUAUUUUUUUUUUUUUUUUUUUUUUUUUAUUAAACUCUCGCACGUACGAUUAUAUUGCAUUGUGCCCGCCCGGACAACGACUGCAGGACGAGACCGGACGAUUAUCGGGGGCCCGGUGUUCGGCGUAUAAAAUAGGCGUGUGCAUGCGAUUAUAGUAACACAAAUAAUAAUAAUGCACGCGCAUAAUAUCGCAAUAACCUUAAAUCAAAAGCGGACGUGUUUCGCGCGCGUCCGGUCUGCAGGCGGCGGCGCCCGUUCGGUUUACGCGGGCCGUUGCAGUUUCGCAUAUCGAACGAAAAUCGACGACAGAAUUAAUACGGGGGGGGGGGGUGUGGAAGGAAAGGUGGGCCGGAAGGAAAAUGCCUUAUAGGAACGGCGUCGGUCCGAUUCGCUAUUGUGCAAAAGCCGUUACCGCCGUUGCAGGUGCGGAACUGACGCCGCUUGAAAUCCCGCGGAAAUGCCCGACAGCGCGUGCGGCGAGAAACAUUGUCGAGGAAGUAGGCGGGGUGUGCACGGGUGUAGGCGGGAGGUUGGGGGGGGGUUGGCAGAAAAUAACGGCAAUGAAAAAGCGACUAGAGAUAAUCUAGCGUAAUAAUAUAGGGGAGGUGGUUUUUAAUUUGAAGGGGACGCGCAGAGUAGACGGGGAUAGAUAUAGUGGGAAGAAGCGACUGGGUCAAAUACGCGUGUACUGCGGAUUUCUAUGGACUUAUUUUUUUUUUUUAAACUGUCGGACUUUUCAGACGUUAUAUUUAUGUAUAGUUUAGCGGGCUUGUGGCGGUCGAACGUACGAGCGAUUCCCAUCAGACAUCGGCAGUGUUUGACAUUCGUGUUUAGUAUAGCGACGGGCACUUCCGAUUAGUUAAUUGCCGAUAGUUUUCUUCGGUUUACACGAAUUAUCGAAUAUUUCUAAACAAUUGGAACACGCCGUUCCCGCCAUGACCGAACAAACGAUUUUUCGGUCCAGGAAAACGAGUCGAGUCAUUAUUAAAGGGUUUUCGCAAUAAUAUAUUCGAAUAAUGUCUAGGAUUCGAUCUAUCGAAUAGUUCGGUAGUGGCGGCCGUUUAGAUUCGGGGCCGCGAUCCGCAACACUGCCUUUUGGAACGCGAUAAAUUCACUCCGGCACUGCAUUUUUUUUUUUUUCGUUUGUAUUUUGCGUGUAUUUCGCGAAGACGACGGCCGGCCGACACUCGACUAUAUUGUAUUAUUAUCGUUUCGAAAAAUCUCGUUUUCGGUGGCGCGUUGUCCCGCCGAGACGGGUGCGGGGCGCGAGAAAAUAUCGCAUUCAAAGUGGAUAGAAACAGGCGAUAAACGGCGGGCACGUGACGCGAACCCGUAAUGUUGCGCGCAAGAGGUCGGAGACGCGAAGCACGUGAACAAACUGAAAACCGUGGCGAAUCCGACUCGAAAAAUAAAAAUGUGUUUUUUCUUCAAUAAUACGUGUGCAGUUUAAUAUUAUACUCUCGGAAGUAUAUACGGUGGCGGGGAGCGUGUGCGGAUUAUUAUUAUUCGUAUUGGGUAUUAUUACGAACGAAAGGAUUUCCGAUAUAAAUGAAUUUUGUUCACCCCUCGCCCGCCUCGGGACACGUUCCACGGAAUGUUGUGUUGCUUUUUAUUAUAUACGUCUAUAUAUAGAUAUUACGAUCGGGAAAACGUUUAUGGGGGGGGGGGGGGGACGAAUCUCGACGACAAUUGAAAACGAGUACGUGUUGUGUUUUUAGUCGGGAAAAUAUUAUAGCGCGAUAUAUGAUAAAAAAAAAAAAAAAAAAAAAAAAAAAAAAAUAGAAUAACAAUAAUACCGUGAAAACGGAUGCUACAGAAAGAAAAACCGCGUGCGGCAGAACUCGGUCGAUACGGCUUGAUUUUUUCUCGCGGAAUUGGAUUCUCCCGAAACGCGAAAUUUCGGCGUGUUCGAAUAUUACAGGCACGGAGAUCGAAUCCGUCGAAAAUCGCGUCCUUGACGCCUCGAUUCGAGCGCAAAUUAUUAACCGCAGCGUAACGCGGUGGUCUGUAUAACGGCAUGGAGAAUGCGUUUUAUUUGAGAUGCGAUCGCCUCUGGAAUUUAUUUUCAGACAGUAAAAGAAGUUGACCGAAUAGAAUGGCGCCACGUCCUUCUGUGGCCAUCUUUAGGAGUUCCUUUUUUUUUUUUCUAUUAGCCAUAGCAGGGACACUGACCGCCAUAUGUGGUGACUCCGCCUUAGGUAUUAUCCACCAACGUUCUCCAACAACAACACGUGUACCUGACUUUCGUUUUUAGACGUUUUUCCUGUGGCCAUCUUUAGGAGUUCCUUUUUUUUUUUUUUUUAUUUAUGUUCACAGUUGGACGCUAAGAACAGCCCACUAGCUUUGUUGGCGCAGACUUGCAGUCAGAUCGGAGCCGACGCCCCGACGCCGUCCAACGGCAAGAUCAACUCCGCGGACAAGGGACACCACCACCACCACCAUCACCAUCACAAAAAGGCGUCGUCGUCCAUGUCGUCGUCGUCGUCCGAUCACGGCGGCGGAGGCGGUCGGGAUAAACGUUCGCCGUCACUUUCGCGGUCGUCGUCGUCGUCGUCGUGUUCGAACAGCGGUUCGCCGCCCAGCCGCGCGUUGCAGGCCGUCCAUCACCCGCAUCAGCCGGUCGCCAUCACCACCACGGCCCGGUCGAGUUUCAAACCGUACGAAUCGUGCGUCGUUCGCCCGGCCGCCGAAGUGGCCGCCGCCGCCGCAGCAGCAGCAGCAGCAGCAGCAGCAGCCGCCACGACCACGUCCACAGCCAUUAGUCUGGACGCGACCAUAAGGAGGGCGACGCCCGUGAACACCGCGGCCGGUGACAGGUGCAGCAGCAAGGAGAGCGCUUCGAGCCGCAAGUCGCCGCUGGAAGACGCGCCCGCCGCCGGCAGAAAGCAUAACGAACAGCCGCACAAACCGUCUCCGUCGUCGGCGGCAUCGGUGGCCGCCUUGAUGGCCGCCGCAGGUUACCCGUCGCCGCAUCACCAUCACGUCCAGGCCCCGCAUCCGCACCACCAUCAUCACAUGGCCGCGGCCCUGGGUUCGCCCCUGAUGAACCCGUACUUCAGGCCCGGUGCCGCCGGGCCACCGCCGUCGUUACCGUGCCGCGACCCGUACUGCGCCGGGUGUCAGUUGGCCGCUCACUUGGCCGCCGGCAAACCGCCGCAGCCGUCGCCUACGUCCGCCGCGCCGUGUCCGGCCGGUUGCGCGCAAUGCACGGACGCGAAUCCCAAGACGACCGCCGCCGCCAAUCAACAUCACCAUCAACACGCGUCGGCCGCGGCGCAUCACCACCAUCAGCAGCAACAGCAGCAGCACCACCAUCAGCAGCAGCAGCAGCAGCAGCAGCAACAACAACAGCAGCAGCAACACCAUCAUCAUACGAUGGCCGCGGCCUACGCGCACGCCCAACUGGCCGCGCUGGCCGCAGCCGCCAGCCAACUACCGUACGUGUGUUCGUGGAUGGGCGCCGAGAUGCCGUCGUCGUACUGCGGCAAACGGUUCGGCACGUCCGACGAGCUGCUCCAACACCUACGCACGCACACCUCUGACCCGGCGGCCACGUUGCCGCUCUUGCAACGUUCGUACCCGACGCCGCCGCUGAGCCCGUCCGCCGCCGCGGUAGCUAACAGGUACCACCCGUACGCGACGGCCGGCAAACACCACUCGCCGUACGGGUUCCCGUCCGGUUACCCGUCCUCGCCGCUGGCCCUGCCACCGCACCCGGGCCUGUUGCCGCCCUACUUCCCGGCGGUGGCCUACUCCCCGUACGCCGCCGCAGCGGCCGCCGCGGCCUCGCCGCGAAUCGGCACGUCACCGCACACCUAAAAACGUGUCAUCAUUAUAUUAUAUUAUAUAAAGCGUAACAAUAAUAAUUAUAAUUUAUAAUAUUGUGGCCCGUCGUUAGCAGAGAAUCGUUUAGGUAUAAUUUAGACACGACGUUAGCGAAAUUUCUUUUGCUCCAUUCAUAUAAUAUUGUAAUAAUACCUUAACGUUAAAUAUAGGGCGACGCUCCUUUUCUUAUUAUUGUGCGCAUGCGAAUUUUUUUUUUUGUUUUGUUUUUGUUAGAACAGACACGCUUUUUUAUUUUAUUACGUAUGUAUGUACAUUUUUUUUAUUUUGUUAUUUUGAUUACGUUACCUUGUUUUUUUUUUUUUUUUUUUUUUUCGUUAUUUGGUUUUAUCAUUAUGUAUUGUACCGAAAAUUAUAUAUAAAACCCAAAAAAAA